UUAGCCUCGCAUCAAAGACCCACUUUACCAAUUAGUAUCUUCUGCCUUAAAAAUGGACAUGAAUGGGCUUUGUUAGCUGCAACAUGGAGGCGACUGGUGAAACUGAAAAGCCGGUUUCCGGGGAACUGGUAUCAGUGGCACAUGCUCUUUCUCUCCCAGCUGAGUCUUACGGCAACGACCCUGAUAUUGAGAUGGCAUGGGCCAUGAGAGCAAUGCAGCAUGCUGAAGUCUACUACAAGAAGUGGAGGCCAUUUUGUUUGAAGUUUGAUGGGGUUAUAGAAGACUUCAACUAUGGUACUUUGCUGCGACUGGAUUGUUCUCAAGGCUACACUGAGGAAAACACUAUCUUUGCCCCCAGGAUACAAUUUUUUGCCAUUGAAAUUGCUCGGAACCGGGAAGGCCAUAACAAAGUAGUUUACACCAGUGUUCAAGACAAAGAAGAAGAGAAAGGAGCCAACAGAGGAGAAAAAGAGAAAACCAACAAAGGAGGAGAAAAAGAAAAAGAAGCCAACAAAGGAAUCAACAAACAUGAUGAAACAUCUAUGUAAGGUAGAAAGGGAAUAAUACUCUAGAAACUGUGACUCAACUGAUUCUACAAGUCCCAUGAUGUUACUUAUACAGAUCCUGUGGUCAAAUGUAUGUUCUUGUUCAAUUCAAGGACAUGCAGAAGGAUAUUUUUUUUAAGCCUAAUUAUCAGGAGCUGCUCUGGUGGUUGUGUUGUAUGAACUGGCUUAAAGACUAUUUGUGGGGUCAUAGUUCAUUGUUUCUUGGUAUAUUUUUUCUUGAUUCUUCACUGGUCAAGUACGAAAUCUUGUAAAUAAAUUUAUUUUGGUUCUUAAAAAAAAAAA